AGAAGUGUGAGAUUAGAAAGAAUUUUUGACAUCUUGAAGGGCAAAAAAAAUUUACCCAUAAUCUCAUCGUUGUUUUCGGUUUCUUUCAUACCAUAAAGACUGGAAGUUCCUAAAAUUUUUUGCUACCAAUAAUACUUUUAUAUUGCCUUUCAUCAAAAUGCAAUCAAAUAUAUUAAGUAAAUUGUCAACAGCUGUAAAGCCAACAAUAUUAAGAAAAUCCAAUCAUGCUGAUUGUGGUUUUUUAUUCUCAAUUGUGAACCGCCGUUAUGCAAGUGGGGACUCUGUGGAUUUAGUUGUUAUUGGUUCUGGACCAGGUGGUUAUGUAGCUGCCAUUAAAGCUGCUCAGCUGGGAUUAAAUACUGUCUGUGUUGAAAAAAAUGCUACACUUGGUGGCACUUGUCUAAAUGUUGGAUGCAUUCCUUCUAAAGCUCUUCUGAAUAAUUCUCAUUAUUAUCAUAUGGCUCAUUCUGGUGAACUGAAUUCUCGAGGCGUUGAAGUUGAAAAUGUCAAGCUUAACCUAGAAGCAUUAAUGAAAACCAAAACGAAUGCAGUUAGUGCUCUAACUGGUGGAAUUGCUCACUUAUUUAAAUCAAAUAAAGUAACAUUGGCCAAUGGUCAUGGCAAAAUUAAAGAUCCUAAUACAGUAUCUGUAUUGAAAGAAGAUGGUUCAUCAGAAGAUAUUAAGACAAAAAAUAUACUUAUAGCUACAGGUUCUGAAGUAACCCCUUUUCCAGGAAUUGAUAUUGAUGAAGAAACUGUGGUUUCUUCUACAGGUGCAUUAAAACUUUCAAAGGUCCCUGAAAAAAUGAUUGUUAUUGGUGCUGGUGUAAUAGGUCUUGAACUAGGAUCUGUUUGGAGUCGCUUGGGAUCCAAAGUCACUGCUGUUGAAUUUAUGCCUUCAAUUGGUGGUCUUGGUAUUGAUGGUGAAGUAUCUAAACAAUUUCAGAGAAUAUUAACUAAGCAAGGUUUAAGUUUUAAAUUAGGAACUAAAGUAAUUAGUGCAAACAAAUCAGGAGGCCAAAUUUUUGUUGAUGUUGAAAAUGCAAAAGAUUCAUCUAAAAAAGAAACAUUAGAAUGUGACGUUUUACUUGUCAGUGUUGGUCGCCGACCUUAUACCCAAAAUUUAGGGUUGGAAGAAAAUAGCAUUGAAAGAGAUGCUAAAGGAAGAAUACCUGUAAAUUCCAGAUUCCAAACUGUUAUACCUAAUAUUUUUGCAAUUGGAGAUUGUAUUCAUGGUCCAAUGUUAGCACAUAAAGCAGAAGAUGAAGGAAUAGUUUGUGUUGAAGGUAUAACAGGUGCACCAGUUCAUAUUGAUUACAAUUGCGUGCCAUCAGUUAUAUACACACAUCCAGAAGUAGCAUGGGUUGGAAAAACUGAAGAAGAUUUAAAAAAUGAAGGUGUUGAUUACAAAAUAGGAAAAUUCCCAUUUGCAGCAAACAGUAGAGCUAAAACUAACAAUGAUACUGAUGGAUUCAUUAAAGUUCUUGGUGACAAAGUUACUGACAAAUUAUUAGGAUGUCACUUAAUUGGACCAGGUGUUGGAGAAAUAGUUAAUGAAGCUGUUUUAGCAAUGGAAUAUGGAGCAUCUUGUGAAGAUAUUGCUAGAGUGUGUCAUGCACAUCCGACCUGUUCAGAAGCAUUGAGAGAAGCAAAUUUAGCCGCAUAUUUUGGCAAAGCCAUUAAUUUUGGUUGAAAAUGUUGUUAUUUUUUAAUUUUAAUGCCAUUAAACAAUUUGGUACAUACUACAUGUAAAACAAAGAUUGUUAUUAUAAAAUGAUUAGACAUUCAUUUUAGAUAAACAUCACACUUUUAAAUUAA